AAACAGAAAAAAAAUUAUAUAGUUCAACAAACUUGUGUAACAACGCAAAUCUGUAAAUUCUUGUUAAACGUUUAAAUUUUGUGGAAAGUCAGAAACUUUUAUUCACAAUGCCGCGAAUUAUGAUAAAAGGUGGUGUUUGGCGAAACACUGAAGAUGAAAUUCUCAAAGCAGCUGUAAUGAAAUAUGGGAAAAAUCAAUGGUCCCGAAUCGCAUCGUUGCUGCACAGAAAAUCGGCCAAACAAUGUAAAGCACGUUGGUAUGAAUGGUUGGAUCCGAGCAUCAAAAAGACUGAAUGGUCAAGAGAAGAGGAUGAGCGUUUACUUCACUUGGCAAAACUAAUGCCGACACAAUGGCGUACAAUUGCACCAAUUAUUGGUCGUACAGCAGCCCAAUGUUUGGAUCGUUAUGAAUAUUUACUGGACCAAGCUCAGCGAAAAGAGGAAGGUGACGAUAUUAUUGAUGAUCCACGGAAGUUGAAGCCAGGUGAAAUUGACCCACAACCAGAGACAAAGCCGGCAAGACCGGAUCCAAAGGAUAUGGACGAAGAUGAGCUCGAAAUGUUGUCGGAAGCCCGUGCCCGUUUGGCAAAUACGCAGGGCAAAAAGGCCAAAAGAAAGGCUCGAGAAAAACAAUUGGAAGAAGCCAGACGUUUAGCAUCGUUACAAAAACGAAGAGAAUUACGAGCUGCUGGCAUCGGAGGUGGCAAUCGUCGCAGAAUUAAAGGAAUUGACUACAAUUCUGAAAUUCCAUUUGAAAAAACACCAGCGGCCGGAUUUUACGAUACAUCUGAAGAGCAUGUUCAAAAAGUUGAAUUUGAUUUCAAUAAAAUGCGUCAACAAGAUUUGGACGGCGAAUUACGUACGGAAAAAGAAGAGCGUGAACGAAAGAAAGAUAAAGAGAAGCUAAAGCGAAAAAAGGAAAACGGUGUACCAGACGCUUUGCUUCAGAUUGCCGAACCGUCAAAAAAACGUUCAAAACUUGUUUUACCCGAACCGCAAAUAUCUGAUCAAGACAUGCAACAAGUUAUAAAGUUGGGCAAAGCAAGUGAAAUUGCACGAGAAGUGGCUCUAGAAAGUGGCAUUGAAACAACUGACGCUCUAUUGGGUGACUAUAGCAUUACACCACAGGUAUCGGCCACACCUCGAACACCGGCAAUCACAACCGAUCGUGUGAUGCAAGAAGCACAAACCAUUAUGGCACUAACACAUGUUGAGACUCCAUUGAAAGGUGGAAUAAAUACUCCAUUGCAUAAUACUGAUUUUUCUUCAGUUGUUCCAAGUUCACAAGUGGUUGCCACACCAAAUACGGUAUUAACAACACCAUUCCGUUCGGGCGACGCAGCAGCCACACCAGGAACACAAUUGGUGGGAAAUAAGAAUAUACACACUCCGUCUUUGGCACGUGACAAAUUGAAUAUUAAUACAGAAGAUGGCGUGUGUGAAACACCAAUUCAAAUGAAAGAAUAUCAGAAACAUAUAAAAGAAUCACUUCGUGAGAAAUUGUCCACUUUGCCACAGCCACGAAAUGAUUAUGAAAUUGUUGUGCCAGAGGAUGCACAAGUAGAAGAUGGUGAUACCACACAGACUCAACAAAUUGAAGAUCAAUCUGAUGUUGAUUUGAGAUCAAUCGAAGAAGAUCGCUUGCUUAAGGCUGCUGAAUUAGUUCGUCGUUCACAAGUCAUACAAAAAGAUCUUCCACGACCGUUUGAAAUCAAUACGACAAUUUUACGACCAUCGACCGAUAUGACGGGACUAACCGAGCUACAACGUGCUGAGGAGUUGAUAAAACAAGAAAUGAUAACAAUGCUACAUUAUGAUGCCGUUUUGAAUCCAGUACCAUUGAAGUCGAAUCCCGUAAAUAAAAAAGCAACAUCUCUACAACAAUUGCAAAGCUAUUUGGAACAAAGUCCAUAUGAUCAGUUCGAAGACGAAGAAUUGCAAGAGGCUAAGGAACAAUUGAAGGCUGAAAUGUCAGUGGUCAAACAAGGAAUGGCACAUGGUGAUUUGUCUCUUGAAAAUUAUUCACAAGUUUGGCAAGAAUGUUUGAGCCAAGUGCUAUACUUACCCAGCCAAAAUCGAUACACUCGCGCCAAUUUGGCCAGUAAAAAGGACCGAUUUGAAGCGUCAGAGCGUAGACUCGAGCAGAAUCGCAAACAUAUGGCAAAAGAGGCAAAACGUUGCGGAAAAAUUGAGAAGAAAAUGAAAAUCCUGACUGGCGGCUAUCAAGCACGUGCUCAAGCAAUUAUGAAGCAACUAAAUGAAGCAUGGGAGCAAAUAGAUCAACAUUCAUUGGCACUUUCAACAUUCAAGUUUUUGGCAGACCAAGAAGAUCUGGCCAUUCCACGCCGAAUGGAGACUCUGACCGAAGAUGUCGAACGGCAAAUGGAACGAGAGAAACAGUUACAAGCCAAAUAUGCAGAGCUGGAAUCGGAACUUCGAAGUCUAAGCAACCAUUUGAAUUAAUCAUUAUAAUCCAAAUUAAUUAUAUAUAUUGCCAUUUAUAUUAAUAAAAUACAACUAGCGCUCCUUUGGAGUCGCAAAUUAUGUGAAAAUGGUA